CCCCCAUUUUGCCAACAUCCCAAGAAUACUCUCUUGCAAAAUGCUUAAGACACUUAAUAUUUUAAAAGGGCGUGCACCAUACGCUUCAGCAUCUAUUUUGACAAAAAUAACGUCUCAUCAACUCCAUACUUCUGCAGCUGUCAGCGCCGGUCGUAAAGUUGUUGCUACUCGUAGGCUUUUGCAAAACAGUCAACAGAGACUUGAAGAACAGGGUUUUGACCUCGUUCAAUGGCCAACCGACAGCGCUAUGCCUUACGAAAAGUUAUUAGAAGAUGUGAAGGGAGCUGAGGGUUUGAUCUGUAUGCUUUCUGAUAAAAUUGACUCUCAAGUAUUCAAGGCAGCAGGCCCUCAAUUAAAAGUCGUGACUACUAUGAGUGUUGGCUAUGACCAUAUUGAUCUCAAAGCAGCCAAGGAAAAUAAUGUCAAGAUUGGUUAUACACCCGAUAUCUUAACUGACGCUACAGCUGAUCUCACUGUUUUGUUAACGCUGUCUGCUGCCAGAUUCAUGAAGAGUGGCGUACGUGCUGCUGAAACAGGAGAAUGGAAAGAAUGGAGAGCUGAUUGGUUAUGUGGAUAUCAAUUCACUGGGAAAACGCUAGGCGUUGUAGGCAUGGGACGCAUUGGACAAGCCGUUGCUAAGCGUUUGAAAGCUUUCGGCAUCGAUAACGUAUUGUAUUGGGGCAGAAAGGAAAAGCCUGGACUAAAAGAGAGCUUGAAUGCAGAAUACGCCUCCUUUGAUAAACUGUUGAGCGAAUCUGAUUACAUUGUCGCUUGUUGCGCUUUGACUCCUGAAACCAAAGAAAUGUUCAACUAUGAAGCUUUUCAAAAGAUGAAGAAAAAUACAGUUUUUGUGAAUACGGCCCGCGGCGGUAUCGUAAAGCAAGAUGACUUGGUCCGAGCAUUGGAAGAAAAUUUGAUUGCAGGAGCUGGUCUUGAUGUAACGACGCCUGAACCAUUACCAACAGAUCAUAAACUUUUCCAAUUAGAUAACUGUGUAAUCUUGCCUCAUAUCGGCAGUGCUACAAAGGAAACUCGUGAGGCCAUGGGUGACAUGUGUAUAGACAACGUCGUGGCAGGUCUGAACGGAAAAGAUCUCCCUUUUCAGUUGCAGCAUUAGAUCGACGCUUUAAAUGUAUAUAGUAAAGAAAUGCUCAUUUGAUGGACAUUACGAACCUAAUGCUGAUUCUGGUAUAGCCUGUUAUCGAUUAAACAGUGCAGGAAGUGCAAUAAGGGCAGUGGCUCUUACCCCGAC